UCUCCACACUCCCUCUCUUGCAGAGAUUAUGCACGAUGUGAUCCGGAAAGUGAAGAAGAAGGGUGAAUGGAAGGUGCUGGUGGUGGACCAGCUCAGCAUGCGCAUGCUCUCCUCCUGCUGCAAGAUGACCGACAUCAUGACAGAGGGUAUAACGAUCGUGGAAGACAUCAACAAGCGCCGGGAGCCGCUGCCCAGCCUGGAGGCCGUCUAUCUCAUCACCCCCUCCGAGAAGUCCAUCCACUCCCUCAUCAACGACUUCAAGGAUCCCCCCACCUCCAAGUACAGAGCUGCCCACGUCUUCUUCACUGACUCCUGCCCCGAUGCCCUCUUCAACGAGCUGGUGAAAUCCCGUGCCGCCAAGGUCAUCAAAACCCUGACGGAGAUCAACAUUGCCUUCCUCCCCUCCGAGUCCCAGGUUUACUCCCUGGAUUCAGCCGACUCCUUCCAGAGCUUUUACAGCCCCCACAAGGCCCAGAUGAAGAACCCCAUCCUGGAGCGCCUGGCCGAGCAGAUUGCCACGCUGUGUGCCACGCUGAAGGAGUACCCGGCCGUGCGGUACCGGGGGGAUUACAAGGACAAUGCCAUGCUGGCACAGCUCAUCCAGGACAAGCUGGACGCCUACAAGGCUGAUGACCCCACCAUGGGCGAGGGUCCGGACAAGGCUCGCUCCCAGCUCCUCAUCCUGGACCGUGGUUUUGACCCCGCUUCUCCGGUGCUGCACGAGCUGACCUUCCAGGCCAUGAGCUACGACCUGCUGCCCAUCGAGAACGAUGUCUACAAGUACGAGACGAGCGGCAUCGGGGAAGCCCGGAUUAAAGAGGUUCUCCUGGACGAGGACGAUGACCUGUGGGUCACCUUGCGCCACAAACACAUCGCCGAGGUGUCCCAGGAGGUGACCCGGUCCCUGAAGGAGUUUUCUUCAAGCAAGAGGAUGAACACGGGCGAUAAGACCACCAUGAGAGACCUGUCCCAGAUGCUGAAGAAGAUGCCCCAGUACCAGAAGGAGCUCAGCAAGUACUCGACCCAUCUGCAUCUGGCUGAGGACUGCAUGAAGCACUACCAGGGCACAGUGGACAAGCUCUGCAGAGUUGAACAGGACUUGGCCAUGGGCACUGAUGCGGAAGGCGAGAAGAUCAAGGACCCCAUGAGGGCCAUCGUGCCCAUCCUGCUGGAUGGGAAUGUCAGCACCUACGACAAGAUCCGCAUCAUCUUGCUCUACAUCUUCCUGAAGAACGGUAUCACCGAGGAGAACCUGAACAAGCUGAUCCAGCACGCUCAGAUCCCAGCAGAGGACAGUGAGAUCAUCACCAACAUGGCCCACCUCGGGGUGCCCAUCAUCACAGAUUCCACCCUGCGCCGCCGGAGCAAGCCAGAGCGGAAGGAGCGGAUCAGUGAGCAGACCUACCAGCUCUCCCGAUGGACCCCCGUGAUUAAGGACAUCAUGGAGGAUGCCAUCGAUGACAAGUUGGACACCAAGCACUACCCGUACAUCUCCACCCGCUCCUCCGCCUCCUUCAGCACCACUGCCGUCAGUGCCCGCUACGGCCACUGGCACAAGAACAAGGCCCCCGGGGAGUACCGCAGCGGCCCCCGCCUCAUCAUCUUCAUCCUGGGCGGCGUCAGCAUGAACGAGAUGCGCUGUGCCUACGAGGUGACGCAAGCCAGCGGCAAGUGGGAAGUGCUAAUAGGGUCCACGCACAUCCUCACCCCACAGAAACUGCUGGACACGCUGAAGAAACUCAAUAAAACAGAGGAAGAAAGCAGCAGUUAAGAGGGACGGACGGACGGACAGA